AUGUUGAGGAUCCGCGCUCAACACCACUUCUCAACGGACCAAACCAGUCUUAUUGAGAGGGAGGAUGCUAAGACAGAUGGCCAAGAAUUUCAGAAAUGGCACAAUGGAGGUGGCAUGUUUCAUAAGUUUUCUUGCAUUGAUCCAACUGCUUUUAUUGGAACUGGUGCAUUGGUACAUUCAAAAUCUGUCGUGGCAGCAAAUGCACACAUUGGAUCAGGAAGCAUUGUUGGACCUGCUGUUACAGUUGGUCAAUCAACAAGACUAGGGUAUAAUGUUGUACUCACCAAUUGCACAAUUGGCGAUUUUUGUAUUAUUCACAAUGGCGUCUGCAUUGGUCAAGAUGGUUUUGGGUUUUUCGUUGAUGAACAAGGGCUCAUGGUGAAGAAGCCUCAAAACUUGGAAGCAAGGAUAGGCAACCAUGUAGAAAUAGGAGCAAAUACAUGCAUUGACAGGGGAAGUUGGCGAGAUACUAUAAUAGGGAAUCACUCAAAGAUUGAUAAUUUGGUUCAGGUAGGUCACAAUGUUGUGAUGGGGAAUAACUGCAUGGUUUGCGGUCAAGUUGGCAUUGCUGGUUCAGUGACAAUAGGAGACUAUGUCACUUUAGGCGGAAGAGUUGCAAUCCGUGAUCAUGUCUGCAUUGCUUCAAAGGUCAGAUUAGCAGCUAAUAGCUGUGUCACCAAGAAUAUAAACGAAUCUGGGGAUUAUGGCGGCUUCCCUGCUAUUCCAAUUCGUGAAUGGCGCAAGCAAGUUGCCACUCACCGCCAGACGUCCAAGUAA